GUAGGUCUUACGCUGCUGCCGGGGUCGGACAGCACGAUGGACUCCAAGGUGUUACUCGUGGCAGCUGCAUUGAACAUAGGGUUGGUUCUCCCUCAAUAUGUCUACCGAAAACCGACUCAACCGACCUUAUGUCCGCCCACUUUUGACAAGCAUCCUUUGAUCCUCGUGUCGAUGGACGGGUUCAAGCCAGAGUACCUGAGCCGCGGAAGGACGCCCACCAUCCAGGCCCUCGCUAACAGGGGCGUGAGGUCUCCCUACAUGAAGCCUUCCUUCCCUACGGCUACGAUACCCAAUCACUAUACGAUAGCUACGGGAAUGUACCCGCCCUCCCACGGUAUCGUCGCCAACAAAUUCUACGACCCCGUCUUCGGAACCGAGUUUCGCAUCGGCGUCGCCCCAGAGAGCUUCAAGAAACGCUACUGGGGCGGAGAACCCAUCUGGAAAACGGCCGAAAACCAGGGCGUGCGUGCGGGGACCUACUACUGGCCUGGUUCGGAGGUGGACGGGAACCAGCCUUCGUACUGGUUCCGCUAUAAUGAGAGCGUUCCGUUUGAGUCCCGCGUCGAGCAGGUGCUGGCCUGGCUUGACCUCCCCCCUGCACAGCGCCCGCAGUUCAUGACGCUGUACAUGCACGAACCGGACCGAACGGGGCACAACUUCGGUCCUGCGGCUCCUGAGGUCGACGCGAUGUUAACCCGCGUGGAUUCGAUCGUGAGGCUCCUCGUAGACGGAUUGGAGAAGCGGAAACUCUUCUCCUGCACGAAUCUCAUCAUCUUAUCCGACCACGGGAUGUCGGAAGCCGGGCAGGACAAGGCGGUGUAUCUGGACCAGUAUAUUCCGAAUCUCGAGAACCGGACGAGGUUCUGGGACGGCGUCUUCAGCAGGUUCACGCCCAACGACGGGUCUCAGACCACGAAGACCCAGAUGCUGAACGCUCUCUCCUGCAAGAGACAAGAGCUAAGAGUCUACGACAAAAAGGAUCUCCCAGUUAGAUGGCACAUCGGAAACCAGCGCCGAGUGGAGGACAUCGUGCUCGACCUCAACCCAGGCUACAGCGCAGGAGCAGACAAGACGUUCGAGGCCGACAAUGGAGAUCACGGCUACGAUUACUUCUUUGCUGAUAUGAAUGCUCUCUUCUUAGCUCACGGCCCGUCGUUCCAUCGCAACGUUGAGGUAGAAGCUUUCCAGAACAUCGAACUUUACAACCUCAUGUGCCACCUCCUGGGCGUGACACCCGCUCCCAACAACGGCACUUGGGGGUCUCUUCACCACUUGCUCGUUAAUCCGCCGCCGUAUCCAAUUACUACGCAGGAAUUCCCGCCUCCAGUCAUGGCCACGCCCCACGAGGAAAGUUUAGGAUACGGUUCCUUGAAGCCCCUUUGCGAGGGGGACUUCGACAAGGACUUCGAGUACCUGGAGGUCCUGAAGGAUGCCGAGGAGGAGCUUCCUCAGGUGUUCGAUGCUCACCUGCCCUUUGGUGUGCCCAAGAUGGGAGCCGUCAGGAACAACGUCGCCUUGCUAACCCAGCCCAACUUUAUUACAGCCUAUUCCCCCCUCUUGAAAAUGCCUCUCUGGACGAGCUUCACCGUCAGCCAACCCAGCUACGGCGGCAGGAGGUUCCCCUGGAGGAGUGACCAGAGGCUGGCGAUGAGCCAAAGGUCCUCCUGCUACCAGUACCUGCACCUCCUCGCGCAAGGGUACUCCCAGCAGCCUCUCUUUCCGCCAGAGUUCAACUGCCACGAGGAUGCGAGUCAGCUGCCCUUCCUGAUGAGCAACGCCAUCCCGCAGACCCCGAGGCUGACGCAGCGGUGGCAGCAGCUCCUGUACCUCGUGAAUUCUUGGGUCAGAAAGUACGGCGUUCUGAACGUGCUGACGGGCCCCGUGUUCGAUCACGAUGGCGACACUUUUGCUGACGACUUGUUUACUGUCAGGAACCCCAUCGGAGGCUUGGCUCUACCGACCCACAAGUUCCUGGUCGUAAGUCGUUGCAUCGUGUGGGUGCGGCACAUGAAGGACUGUCCCCCUGUUUACGUGGACGCCCUGGCCUUCGUCUACCCUCAGACCACCGCCGUCUCCAACUGUCUGAGCUCCGAGCAGUACGCCAGGAAGUACAGCGCCUCGGUACAGGACGUCGAGAAGAUCACGGGCCUGAGCCUCUUCCCCAGCUUCAGUUACAAGGACCAGGUCAGGCUCCAGGUCAGGGUCCACUCGAACAUCUGGGGUCGGGAGUCUUGGAGCAAUAGACUCUUUUCAGACGUCUUCGGUACUUUCUUGUAGGUUGUGAGGGUGUUGUGGCUUCUCAGACGUCUAAGGUAUUUUAGUGUAAGUUGUGAAGGUGUUGUGGUUAGUUUGAUGAAGAAAUUGUGAAGAAUUAAAGGUGGGGAGAGAAGAGGGAGGAAAGGAGGAAGGGAGGAAGGUCUGUAAGAAAUGUUUUAAGUGUUUUAAGAAAAAAGGAAAAUCCAGAAAGAAAAAGAAGGGGAAAUAGUUAAAAAAAUAAUAAACAGCUUUUAGAAAAAAAAAAAA